ACGCGAUGCACCCUUGUUUCCGCUGUCACUUCCUCCAACGAACUGACUGCAGGCAGUCACUCACCAUUAAACCGUCUGGAACAUCUGACGGGAUUGCGCAGUUUCGCCUUCAAGCUCGGUCGCAUCUGGUCGAGGCCUCGGGAGGACACGAUUCCAGUUUGUGUAAUCCAGAUAGUAUAUAAUCAAAAACUAAUCACGCGGUCAUAAUCAGAGCUUCUUUUGUUCCAAACCAAGUGCCACCUCACUAGACAACUCAGUUAGGGCGUUAACGUUUUGUAGUAGUGCGCCUACCCCUCUUGCCUUACCACCGCUUAUAACGCAGACAACCCUUUUCCGAACUACUCGAUAUGCCCACGGCACUAGAUAAAGCGUUGAGAUCACGAAACGCAUUUCUUGCGUUCGCCGGCAUCGUGACGGGUGUCGCCGCAUGGUCUAUCUUUGGAGGCGAAGUGUUUCCUCAAGACCAGGCUGACCCAAAGGGCAAUCCUGAAGAAUGGACUCGCGAGGAGAUGCGCAGAUGGCUUGCACUGCGUAAUCUUCAUCCACAAGAUUCGGACACCCGGGAGCAGUUACUGGAAAGGAUCCAAGCGAACUUGAGAAUCCCAAGACAGUGAACUGGUCGUGCUGGAGAAAUUGGAGGAACCCUAUGAUAUGUUUAUACCCCUUGAAGAAUACCUAGCCUGCAUUUAUCUCUGUUUCAUGUUCUUCAUGACAUUGCUAUCUUCAUAGCAGGCUGGCGAUGGUAUGGUCAGCUGGCUAGAGGACACAUGCUGCUGAAUCCUGUUCUCCCAUCGUACUUGCAUACUCGUGAUCCCAACCGCUGAAUACAAAAUCAUAAACCGGAAACCACACGAUAUGACUACAUAUAGACAUCGGGAAAUGCUCCUUAAUGUCAACAGGAACCACUGUUUACGUUCGGAGAUCUGUAAGGUGACCCGGGCCGGCAACAUGCGAAC